AAACAGCAUUCCUGGGCACAGCGGCCAAAAACACCUGGAUCAUGGAACCCCUGAGCCUGGGAGAGGCCUCCAGCAUCACCAUCCAGGGGCCUGACACCCACCUUGUCCCCAGAGCCCGGAGUGCCACCUCCAGGGAUGGGCACUCCAUAAAACCCAUCAAUCCCCUCCACCUGCCUGGGAGGCCUCGAGAGGGCUGACCCAGAGCAGGGGCUGGGCAGAGUCCCAGAACAAAGCAGGGAUUGAUUCCAAGGAUCUCCUCCAUGGAUCCACCUUGGGCAGCACCAGAGCCCAGCCAGGGCUGCACCCAAGAUGACCCAAAAUGGCCCCAAAAUGCCCGGCCGGGCACGGGGUCUCUCCCUGGGAUCAGCUCUGCUCCAUUCCCACCUUGCAGUUCAUUGUUCAAGAAAUCCUCUGAAAUUAACAUGUAAUUAUAAUUGCUGUUUUCAAAGGAAGCAGAGGAAGAGUUAUCAGUUAUCAGCUCAUCUUGGGUCCAAGAACAUGGAUAAAAUAAUAAAUUACUUUAGAGAGAAAAAUGAACAAUGCUCUGUGACAAAGGCCAUGAGAAAAUUAGUGGUGAGUGUUUUUAAAUAACCUUAAAAUAUUGUGUUUGUUCCUGAAGCCAUUUUCCUUUGGGCACAUGAGUUCCUUCUGCAAUGUCCCUACAAAACAAUCCAGCUGAAGGACAAUUCCAGGAGGGAAAGUGGAAGUCCUGCAGCAAGUCAGGAAGAAAUUCUGUUCCUUUUUCCCAGAACCACCAUCUAACAGCAUUUCCUUUGGCUGUCUCUCAGAGCUGAUGCUGGUAUUCCCCCACCCUUUAAUCACUGUAAAUCUGUAAUCACAGAGGGGCUUACUGCAGCUCUUCCCUCCCACAGCCAAACACAAGCAUGGCAUGCUGGAAUAAAACCACUGGGAUUGCUCAGGACAGGGCUGGGAGCACCCUGGGACACUGCAAGGUCCCAGAGCAGGCUGGGGUGGCAGGAAAAGCAGAGCCCUGUCAUUAAUCACAGAGCACAAAUCCAGACUGAUGGGACCCUGGGGGAGAUGAGUAAUUCAGAGCCACUUCUGUAGCAGUGAACACCCAAAUGUUGUUCCCACUGAAAUGUCACUGCUGUGCCACUAAAAUGUCACUGCUGCUCCCACUGAAAUGUCACUGCUGCUCCCACUGAAGUGUCACUGCUGCUCCCACUGAAAUGUCACUGCUGUUCCCACUGAAGUGUCACUGCUGCUCCCACUGAAAUGUCACUGCUGCUCCCACUGAAGUGUCACUGCUGUUCCCACUGAAGUGUCACUGCUGUGCCACUGCAAUGUCACUGCUGCUCCCACUGAAGUGUCACUGCUGUGCCACUGCAAUGUCACUGCUGUUCCCACUGAAGUGUCACUGCUGCUCCCACUGCAGUGCCACUGCUGUUCCCGUUGAAAUGUCACUGCUGUGCCACUGCAAUGCCACUGCUGUUCCCACUGAAAUGUCACUGCUGUGCCACUGCAAUGUCACUGCUGCUCCCACUGAAGUGUCACUGCUGCUCCCACUGAAGUGUCCCGGUGGUUUUGGUGACACUCCCACGGCUGGAGGACAACCCCAGUUCCCAGGGCAGCUCUGGUUUAUGGGGUUUUCCAGCCGAUUCGCCCAAUCUGGCCCCAAAUUCCCUGCGGCAGGAGCUGCUGUAGGGUGGCACCUCCGGCUGGUUUCACGGAGCGCUGCAACCGCACCGGCCCCUCCCGAGCGGUGCCCUGCGGGGACAGCGGGAUGGCACCGAGGGACGGGACCCAGAGAGGGGACAGCGGGAUGGCACCGAGAGACGGGACCCAGAGAGGGGACAGCGGGAUGGCACCGAGGGACGGGACCCAGAGAGGGGACAGCGGGAUGGCAUCGAGGGAUGGGACCCAGAGAGGGGACAGCGGGAUGGCACCGAGAGAUGGGACCCAGAGAGGGGACAGCGGGAUGGCACCGAGGGAUGGGACCAGAGAGGGGACAGCGGGAUGGCACCGAGGGACGGGACCCAGAGAGGGGACAGCGGGAUGGCACCGAGAGACGGGACCCAGAGAGGGGACAGCGGGAUGGCAUCGAGGGAUGGGACCCAGAGAGGGGACAGCGGGAUGGCAUCGAGGGACGGGACCCAGAGAGGGGACAGCGGGAUGGCACCGAGGGAUGGGACCCAGAGAGGGGACAGCGGGAUGGCACCGAGGGAUGGGACCCAGAGAGGGGACAGCGGGAUGGGGAGCCCGGGCUGGCACCCACGGAGGUGACACCGGUACGGCCCCAACGGAUGGCACCGAGGGACGGGAGGCGGAGAUGGCCCCCAUGGAGGAGACUGAGGGGCGGCACGGCGGGACGGGAGCCCCGGUAAGGGACACAGGAACGGGACCGGCCCCUCCCUCCUUCCCCCGGUGUCC